UGGUGUUCCCGAUUGCACAAGCGACACAGAGCGACACUGUGUUACAUUAUGCGUUCCAGCAAGAGCGAAAUAACAUGGGCACCAUACGACACUGUGUUGCACGGUGUUACACAGUGUUCCACAGUGUCGCUUGCUGGAAAACGGCCAAAACCAUGUUGCUUUGACUUUGAGCGUUGCUGGAAGUUCUCAAGCGGUAUACUAUCGUACUAAUCUACCACGCCACGCCGCACCUCCAAACAAAUGAUUACCGCCAAAAUCGCGUCAGGACAUUGUUGCACAUAAUCUUAAUAAUUGUUUUAGCUCCAGACCUCGAGAAGUUCAGGUACGAAAUAAAUCUACUUCCAGAAUACGAUUAAAAAUUAAUUAAACCAUUGAAGACCACUAACAACCAUUUUUCAGUUCGUUCGGUCGUGAACCACAGAAAAUUGAUUGAUUCAAAACUCGUGCGAUAUCGUUGGAGUGUUACACGAAACGAGAGAUAAUGGGAAUUCAAGGAUUGAUGAAAUACAUUACAGAAAAUCCUAGAUUUUCCGAACCUUACGAGUUACACGGAGGUUACCUUGUAAUCGACGGUAUAAGUUUGAUGUACAAAAUAUAUGCUCACUCGAGAUGUCGGAGUGCGUUCGGUGGCGAUCAUGACGAGUUCGCACAAGCCACUUCUGAAUUCUUCGAUGAUCUUGCAAAGUGUGAAGUAACACCCUUGGUAAUAUUCCAUGGUGGAAGGGAGCAGAGGAAAGACAAAAAAGAACGAGAUCGAAUGAAAGCAGCAUUGCAGACAGCGAAACAUUACAGCCCGUCGUCAAAGAACCUAUUUUUUCCGAUAAGCUUAAUGCUUUCUUACAAGGACAUUCUACUUAAAAAAUCAAUAAAAAUGGCUUAUACAGUUUUCCACGCUGAUCCCAUCAUGGUUGGCAUAGCCCAAGCUUUGAAUUGUCCAGUGCUAAGUGACGAGUCAGGUUUUUACAUCCAUGGAGCUUCCUUUAUUCUGAUUCAUACUCUGGAACGUUUUAUCGUUAAAAAAAAUGACAUUUAUGUCAGGCGUUGUAGAAUCUACAAACGGAAAAAUCUCUUAAAAAAUUUUCCUGGUCUGAAUACUGAUGUUUUGCCACUACUGGGAAUUCUCCAAUGCAACGAUCAUACCGUUGAUAAAGUGUUCGAGGGUUUUCUUGAAUCUCUUAACAUGCCACCCAAUAGUUGGAAUAAAAUUGAUAUGAUUCUCCAUUGGUUGAAAAAUCGCGAUCUCAAUGGAGCUGCUACUGAAAUAUUGAGUGAGUUGCCUAAAAAACUUCGUCACAGAGCGAUUAGCAUGAUCGAGCUUGGUGUAAACGAUUUUCUCAACACACCAUGCGAAUUGCUUGUACCAUUGGGAUUUGAAGACGUGUAUCAUAAACAUAAGAGCACUGAAUCCUGCCAGAAGCCGUACAAGUUUGAAGGUGACACCAAUGCCCUUCAGUCACGACGGCACUCUUGGAGAUCAAUGCCAGUUGUCACAAGCGAAGAUUCCAGUUCUGAAGAAGAAAUUUAUGAGUACGAAAAAAAAUAUACUAAUCCAAAAAUCGAAAAAGAUUGGCCGUCAUGGUUUUAUCGCAGGUUCUCUAGAGGAGAACUUUCAAGUGAUUGCUUAAGUUUCAUGGAUUCGAGAAUGUGCAGCUCUUGGGCUCACGUGGAAGAUUUCAAUUACCGUUGCCCCAUUGCUAUGAGCUUCAAAAUUUUGCAAGUAAUCGAUGGUUUGCUUGUAUCAGGCCGGACGGAUGAAAUACCUGCUAUGACAUUCAUCGCGAGAGAUGGAAAUGAUUACAAGAUACAUCAAUUUGACAAAGUUUUGGAAGGCACUCCUACAGUCAAGUUCCCAAAUCUUGCUCAGCUCGAAGACACGGAAAUGGAGGUUAAGAAGCGGAUUGUCGAUGAUACACUCGGAAUUGCUGACCGAGAACAUCUUUUUCAAGAUUUACCAACAAAAUGGAGGCUGUAUAUAGCGACGAUGUUUUUCUGGAUGAAAAGUGACGAAGAACCGCCAAGAAAUUCUCGCCACUUAUAUGCUAUGCUCCUUGCGAUGCUUAUUGGCAUAAUCGAUCAGAAAAUUGGUUAUCAUCGAUCCCAGUACAGUUUCACUAGAUCUUUUGGACAAAAAAUAUCGGACACUUUAUCCGAGAGAAAACUCUCACGAUCGAAGAAUCCAGAAAAUGUAAUUGAAAAAAGUUCAAUCAUCGAAGCUCUUGAUGCUGUAACCGAAGAAGACUGUCUGAUCGCAGCACCAUUUUUUAUUUCUCGUCGCUCAACUCGACAGAUUCUCAUCGAGUCUCCUCAAGAAUUCGAUGUUACGAUUGUUCACGUUUUCGCACAGUUCCAGUAUUGUUGCGAUGCCGCAAUGGCACUCAAUGCUCUAUUGAAUUAUCCUUACGAAAGACCGAACAUUUCGGAAUUUUUCAACGGUACAUUACUCUACAACGUCUACUCUGAUUUUCAAAAACAAACGGAUGUCGAAAGCUUCAUUGCUACGAACCUUGAAAAUUCACCGAGUCUUUUGAAUCUCGUGCAAUUGCUCAUUGCAAAGAUGAAAAAUAUGUGCGAAAAUAUUGUAACAGUUUGAGCGUUUAACACUGAAGAAAAUAACUGCGCAGUGUGUUGUUCGAUCAAGAAUGUGUCGCAAUUAAACUAACCUAUUGAUUCAUUGACAUUUCUUAUAAUGAAAUAAAAUUAUAUUUUUAUAAUGAUCCAAGUAUCAAAUACUUAA